UCCACUUACUUGAAACUCGGCUAACGACUGUGGGUGCGGAGAGCGAGUCCUCUCCCACAACUCUGCGGCAGGCUUGUUAUCGCCUUCUACUGUACAGGAUGUGCAUCGCUCUCAUUUCCUUCAAUGGUUCGAUGUUAUUGAGGCCAAUGUCACUGUUUCUCGGAAAGUCUCUUCGUGUAGAAGAACGAAACUGAUGAAUGAAACAGAAAGCGAAUCUGCAGAACUGCGACCCAGUCUGCUGCGGAGCGGGAACCCACUGCAGCCCUUGCACAGCUCCGGGACAUCCUUCCCCUGCACAUAUCCCCACUUGCAUCGGUGUCAUCUCCAGGAUCUGUCGAAAGAGCCUCGGCUCAUCUGAGCUCUCAGGACGGGGCUUUUAGUCAGCCCAAUGAGGUUCCGAGCCUGACCGACGUGCUGAGAGUGCCGGAGGGGGCUGCCAGCGAGACCCUCCGUACCACCGACGAGCUGCAAUCCCCCGUCAGCUGCAGACGGAGGCUUCAUCUACCACCUCCACUCGGAAACAACGAACAGACUCAGACUAUUCUGCCUCUCUUUAUCGAUUUAAAUCUUCAUCCCAGACAACAUCCUGAUGAAUCUCCUCUGCACCCUCUCCAGAAGUCAUGUCCUUCCUAUCAUGUGGUGACCAGAACUGCGCACAGAGGGCCAUGUGGUGACGAGGAUGUUGUGACCCUGUUUCACGAUACAGAUAGAUUGAGUCACUGAGUUUCCUGCGUCUCCAGCUCCUGGUGCAGUGAUGAAUCAGGUCAGGCAACUGGCCACUCUGGGCCGUCCAUUCCAGUUGGGAACGCUGUAUGACUGCCGGUCAGACACCCUGAUCCCAGGUGUCACCUUGUGGGACUUACAGACACUGCAAAGCAACCUCAAUUGUUGUGCUCAGCCCAGCACUGAGUUUCACAUCAUUGCAUCAGACUCCAUGGAGAAGAAAGCCGCUGCACUCAAUGUGUCGGGAUCACUGAAAGCCAGUCUCCUGUGUGGGUUAGUGGAAGUAAAUGGAUCUGCAAAAUAUCUAAAUGACUCAAAGCAAUCAAAGAGACAGGCACGUGUUACCCUUCAGUACAAAACAACAACCAGGAUUGAAGAACUGACGAUGAGCCACUUAGGAAGACAGAAUGUUGCCUACCCGAGCGUGUUUGAUGAAGGAUCAGCAACCCAUGUCGUUACAGCAGUGCUGUAUGGGGCCCAGGCUUUCUUUGUCUUUGAUCAAAUGGUUUCUUCAGCAGAGAACAUGCAGGAUAUUCAGGGUAAUAUAGAGGUGACAAUUAAAUGUCUUCCAAUGAUUGCAGGUCAGGGUGAUGCAGCCCUAACAAUGACAGAAGUACAGAAGUCUCAUUCGGAGAAACUUAGCUGCACCUUUUAUGGGGAUUUCUCACUGAGAAACAACCCCACCACAUUUCAGGAUGCCAUCGGUAUCUAUGCAAGCCUCCCAAGCUUACUGGGAUCAGGUGGGGAGAAUUCAGUGCCCGUGAGUGUCUGGCUCUACCCUCUCAAUAAACUAGACUCAAAAGCUAUUCAGCUGGUGAGGGAGAUAAGCAUGGGAUUGGUCAAUCAGUGCCAGCAGGCCCUGGAACAGUUGAAUGAGACAGUGCAGAGAUGCAAUGAUAUGAUGAAUGACAGUGUCACCAUUCAGUUUCCUGAGAUCAGGGACAGGAUACAGCAAUUCCGAGAGAUGUGUCUGGAAUACAAACUGGUUUUCCAGAGGACUUUAGCCAGAGUUUUGCCGUCCAUCCGGGGAGGUGAGGAGGAGGGAGGAUUACUGGUGGAUAUACUGCAGAACAAGGAACAGUCACCAUUCAAACACCAGUCAUUGAUCACAUGGCUGGAUGACAAGGAAUGGGAGAUGAUGGUGGUGAGGUUUUACCUCAAGAAGUUGGAUGAUAUUCCUAUUGUAAAAUCAAGGAGAGAGUUGGAUGAAGAAGUGAUGAAUCCAGCAACAGACUAUGUCAUCUGCUUCACAUUUACAGCAUUGCAUCAGGAGGAUCUCUAUGUGUUAAAGGCAAUCGACUACCUCCGAUCUCACACAGAUCAGAAAAUGCAGACAGCAGCUCCUGAUAAUGAAGCCUGUGCAUCACAACACGGCGAGCAGUGGUUUAAUUCACCGUCCACAAACGAGAAAAUGAAGGACCAAUGUCAGUCAUUCCUGGAUUUUGCCACAGCUAACAAAGAAAAUGGGAAAAUAAAAUUCCUUGUUGCUUCUGUGAAGGACGACAGCAACCGAGGAGCGUCUAUUUACCUCUAUGAAGGAGGGUCUUUGAUAAACCAGUGCUUUGAACCCCCGUCACAGCCCCAGAGACCUACGACUAUUGCAACGACACAUGACAGUGUGACUCUGCAGUUACAGCCACCCAGACAUGGUGCUGGUGAAAUUGUUGGUUACACGGUAGAGUACAGAGGGUGGUGGCAGGAGGACUGGUCAACUCUACAUACACCUGAUAAAUCCCACUCCGUCAUAAUACCUGGGUUACAGCUACACCAGGAGUAUCAUUUCCGAUACAGAGCAGUGACCAAGGUAGGGGUCAGCAAGGUGAGUGAUAGCUGCAGGGCCAUGACAUGUCCUACAAGCCCACCUGGUGGACCGGUCUUGCAGGGUUUUUCGUCCAUCGGAACACUCUCCUGGGAUGGUCCAACACAAAUUGGAACUAAUGUCAAAAUAGUUCAGUACAGGACUGAGUACAGAGAAGAAACAGCAGUUGGGUCCAACACGGAGGGCGGACUGUCGGAGAAAAUAAAGACAACAGACAGCCAAUGUCACUAUCAUUUCGAGGGUCUGAAACCUAAUACAGUCAACAGAGUCCGAGUGUCUGCUGACUGUGGAGAAGCAGGUUCCAGGGCACCAAGUGAAGCAGUUCUAGCAAAGAUAGGAAAUGAAGCAACCAGAAUAGCCCAGAAACUUCGCAGAGAAGCUAAAUUAAUAUCCAAAGGACACCCUUCCAUUUACAAGCUGAAGCUGCAGAAGGAGGUGUUUCAUCAGUCCAGACACUUUGUGAAAUGUUCCUUUGGAAAACGCAACAUAAAAUGCUCAAUGAAGACAAUUAUGGUUCUGGGAGCAACAGGGUCGGGGAAAACGACCCUCAUCAAUGGGAUGAUCAACUACAUCUUGGGCGUGGAAUGGACGGACAACUUCAGAUACACGUUAAUACACGAAGAGACAGGAAAAUCCCAGGCUGAAAGUCAGACAUCCUACAUCACUGCCUACCAACUCCACCAUCAGGAAGGAUUUAAAAUUGAUUACUCUCUGACUAUCAUUGAUACGCCUGGAUUCGGAGACACCAGGGGGAUAAGCCAAGAUGAACAGAUAACUGACAACAUCCGUGAGUUUUUCACCUCCCCACAGGGUGUUGAUCAGAUCGACGCAGUGUGUUUUGUUGUUCAAGCCUCUUUGGCUCGCCUGACUCACACACAGAAAUAUAUCUUUGAUUCAAUUCUUUCUAUUUUUGGCAAAGAUAUUGCAGAGAGUAUUCAUGUACUGGUGACAUUUGCAGAUGGACAGCAUCCACCCGUUCUACAGGCUUUGCAAGUAGCUGAGGUACCGUGUACCAAAGACGAAAACGGUAGGCCAGUACACUUCAAGUUUAACAAUUCUGCCAUAUUUGCUCAGCGUCCAGCCUCUGGAAACUCUACAAACAUGGGAAGUUUCGAUAACAGCGGGGACACAGAAGAGGAUGAUGAUAACUUUGAUGCGAUGUUCUGGAAGAUGGGAGAAAACAGUAUGAAGAAAUUCUUUCAGGCCCUGACCACAAUGAAAGCAAAAAGUUUACGUUUGACCAGAGAGGUUCUGAAGGAACGUCAGCAGCUGGAGGUUGCAGUGGAGGGUUUGCAAAUAAAGAUCCGAGUCGGGCUGACCAAAUUGGAGGAACUCAGGAAAACGCAGCAGGUUAUGAACCAACACCAGACUGACCUGGAUGCAAAUAAAGACUUUGAGUAUGAGGUUGAAAUUACAGUUGCAGUACAGGAAGAUGAACGUAGGUCUGGUAAUUACAUAACCAACUGUCAGAAAUGUCGAUUCACCUGCCACUAUCCCUGUCAAAUUCCUAAUGAUGAUGAAAAAAGAGGAUGUGCAGCAAUGGACAGGGAUGGGUACUGUAAAAUCUGUCCCCAAAAAUGCGUCUGGAGUUUUCACUUCAACCAGAAGUACAGGUUUGAGUAUAAAACAAAGAAAGAGAAGAGAACAUACAAAGAGCUGAAAGAAAAGUACGAGAAGGCCUGUGGUGAGAAGAUGACAACGCAGAAAGUCAUGGAGACCCUUGAGAUUGAGUUAGCUGAGGUUCGGAACGCAGUGCUGGAACUGAUACAACAAUUAACACAGAGCAUUAGAAGACUUGAAGAAAUAGCUCUGAGACCAAACCGGUUAUCCACCCCAGCUUACAUUGACCUCCUGAUUCAGUCUGAGAAAGAAGAGGCAAAGCCUGGUUUCAUGGAGCGAAUUCAGGCACUGCAGGAGAUCAAGGAAUGGGCAGAUUUCGUACAGAAAUUUCCUGAAGGACAGAAACAACAUACAAAGGGAUCUGGAGAAAGGAUUGGAAAAACCAUUAAGAAGAAGUGUGCAGAUGUGGUUACUUGGUUCACUGGUCACUAGCGAACAUUCCAGCUGUUUCCAAUGGGGACCAGAUGUUUCACUCGGCCAAUAAACAAGUCUCUCAUUCCAAUUCACCCUCCUUCUCCUCCCCAGACUUACGCCACACCUUCGGUCCUCAACGCUCCUCUCCCUCACCCCACUGGCUGGCACCCACCUCACCUGGGUCCAGUCACCGCCAGAGGUUCACCUGCAAUGGCUUCCCACCCCUAUCCCUGUCCACUGGUACCUGAGGACAGCCCCAAGAAUCCAUUCACAUCCCCUCCUGUUCCCCAUCUGUGUCCCAUCCCUUGGAAACAACACUGGAAUCACAGCGUCCAUUUCCUGUGGACACAGGCUGCCCCCAGCUCCACCUUCCCACCUCCUCCCUCAAACCCCACUCUCUCCGUGCUGUCAGAUGACACAUUCCCCCAUCCAGUGCCGGAUGACGGGAAAUCUUCUCCCAGCUCUGUGCUGCUCCCGGGCCACUGUCAGAGUCUGACCCACAGGCUGCUGGGAGAGGUGGAUGUGUUCCAUGAUAUUCACAGCAGAAAAAUUGCAAACUGGGAAAAAUAGAGCAAUAUUUUCCGUCAAACGGUAUAGGAGGCUAUUCAGUCCGCUGAGUAAAUGCUGGUUUCAAAUCAACAUCAUCGGAUCCCUGACUAUGCAAGUGUAGAUGAAGCCUGGCACCGACUUUUUUGCCAAAACUUCCCUACUACUGACUCGGAUCCUUGUAAUUUCCUGGUUUAUUCCUUCUUGAAUAGAGCUGCCACA